CCGCUAUCCCUACGAUUGACCGAUGGCUACAAAUUGUAACUCCCCGGAGAAAGAGGGGCGAGUGGACGCUUCCACUCUUCCCGUCCUCUUCCUCGCCUUCGCCUCCCUGCGGAAACCGAGCCACUCUGCUCGCGUCGCGGCGGCGGAGCAAUGGCGCGGCUGCCUGGCGGUGGCGGGUGUCCGCCCCGCAAGACCAUGGUCGGGCUCGGGCUGGGACAGCUCGUCUCCCUCCUCGUCACCGGCACCGGCUUCGCCUCCUCCGAGCUCUCCCGCCGAGGAAUCAACGUGCCAACGUCACAGUCGCUGCUCAACUACCUGUUCCUUGGAAUCGUGUACGGGAGCAUUCUGCUAUACAGAAGGAAGCCUCUGCAGAUGAAAUGGUACUACUAUUUAAUACUAGGCUUAGUCGAUGUAGAGGCAAAUUAUCUAGUUGUCAAGGCUUACCAGUACACAUCUCUGACAAGCGUUAUGCUUCUUGAUUGCUGGUCUAUUCCGGCUGUGAUAUUCCUUACAUGGAUGUUUUUGAAGACCAAGUACAGAUUCAGAAAAUAUAGUGGUGUGGCUAUUUGUGUCGCAGGGCUUGUGCUAGUUGUAUUUUCUGAUGUCCAUGCUGGUGAUAGAGCAGGAGGUGCAAGCCCGGUUAAAGGAGAUAUACUUGUAAUUGCUGGCGCCACCCUUUAUGCAAUCAGUAAUGUUAGUGAGGAGUUCCUCGUAAAAGUCGGUGAUCGGGUUGAGUUGAUGGGGAUGUUAGGACUAUUUGGAGCUAUUAUCAGUGCUUGUCAAAUAAGCAUAUUUGAACGCAAUGAGAUAGAAUCUAUACAGUGGAGUGUUGGUGCUGUGGUACCAUUUAUUGGAUUUGCAGUAGCAAUGUUCAUGUUUUACUCUCUAGUUCCAAUUUUACUAAAGAUCAGUGGUUCAACAAUGCUAAACCUUUCAUUACUAACCUCAGACAUGUGGGCUAUUCUCAUCCGUGUGUUUGCCUACCAUGAAAAGGUAGACUGGAUGUACUAUGUGGCAUUUGGUGCAGUUGCAAUUGGGCUGGUUAUUUACUCGGGCGAUUCGAACAGCGAUGACAAAAGGGGGCAAGUUGCUGAGUCCACUGAUGCUGAGGGAAGGCUGCCUGAUGAGGAGGCUGCUGUUGAUCCAAAAUGUCAGGGUGCUGCAUCAUCUGGCAUCAGACAAUCAGAUGAUGGUAAAACUCCUCCCACUGUUAUCAUACCUAAAGAGCCACUUGAUCAAACUUGUUAGUAACAAUGGACACUACAGAACAAUAGAGGAUGCAAACAUCCAAAGAGAGAUUUUGUUAACGGGAUUAAUUAUGUUUUAUGUUGAAGGAAAUGGCCUCUAUCAUGCCCUCAGCAACGAGGAGCUGAGCUGAGUUUCUCGGGAGUUACUAGGAAUUAGGAUUGUAGAAUCAUCGGGUUGAAUUGAAAUACACAUGUACUCCAGACUCCUCCAGUAGGCCAGCAUAUUUCAUGCAGUUUGCUGUAAUGUAAUUUUGGAAUGUAUUUUUAUCUUUUCUUUGGCACUUCUAAAGGAAGUUCCAGUUAGCCAGAAAGUAUUGAGUGCAGACAGUUGUAUUGGGGAAAUUUUCUCCAUGUAAGAGCACUGAAGGUUUGAUGUGCCGGUGGUAAACAAGCAGUGUUAUGCUAUUAUCCUCUUUUUCAUGUCUUCAUAC